AGGAUUGAGGACUGUCUAUUGCUCAAAUAAUCAAUAAUUGUCUACAUUAUUUUUCCAAAGAGUUAUAAGUAAAAAUAAAACUAUGUUCUCAAAUUUCUAACCCUGUCAUUAGUAUUGAGUUUACUGAUAAUACACAAACGUAAAAUAUGAAAUAUCCCAAAAGCUUGGUUAAGUAUAUCAUUUUCAUUAAUAAAUAUUGUAAUUUGUUAUAAGUCUUAAUUCAUUUAUUUCCGGACAAAAUCAAUACUUAAGAUGCCUAGAAACGUGGAAAUUAAAGUGCACGUCUGUGACUUAGAUCUAGUGAAGCAACGUAUUAUAGAUUUGAAAAAAUCUAAUUCAGCUGACAAUGAAACAGUGGUUUUGAAACAAGAAGAUAUAUUUUUAAAUUUACCUAAUGAUAAAGCGGGUAAACUAAAGCUUAGGAAAAUAGAGGGUUCCCCUCAAGAACUCAUAUAUUAUGACAGAACAGAAUGUCCUGGACCGAAACUAAGUUCAUUUUAUAAAUGCAACGUUCCUGAAGAAUUAGAAAAUGUACUUUUAAACGCUUUAGGUACUUGGGGCGUUGUAAAGAAACAUAGAACAUUGAUAAUGGUUGGUCAAACUAGAGUUCACUUUGACUGUGUUGAAGGGUUAGGAAACUUUGUCGAAUUGGAGGUAGUACUGAAUGAAAAUCAAACAGUUGAGGAAGGUCAAACAAUUGCCAUGAAUCUUAUGUCGCAUAUGGGAUUUACAGAAUCUGAUUUAUUAUCUGUUUCAUAUGUAGACAUGUUACGUCAAAAAGAUAAUCAAUCAUAAAAAAAAAAAAAAAUUUUAUAAUAAAUUUAAAUUUGUUUCAUAAAAUAAAUAUAAAUGUACUGUUAAUAAAU